CGAGUCCUCAAGGUUGGCCUCAAGGUUGGCAGCACUACACACAAUGGAGGCCGCCACAUUCGUCGGAGUCGGAGAGAUUUACGAAUAUCCUCCCCACAUCGCACUGGAUGGGCCGUACUCGGAGCCGCACUCGGACGUCGUCGAGCUUGAGCUCGAGUUGCGAGCGUGGCAUGUGCUAGCUGCCGUCGAUGCCCUGCUCCUCCUGUUCUCGGUCUCCGCCGCCCUUCUCGCGGCGAGUUGGAGGCCGGGCCGCAAGGUCAUGAGCAUCGCUGCAACUCAGGACGCUGCGCGACACAGCUUCGCUCCCGGCGGUGGCCCGGACGAGGAGGGCGGCGACGAUAGCGGCUGGAAGUUGGUGUCAUCCGCGGGGGUGGGGACCAAAUACGGCCUGCAAGUGUACACUCGAGGUCGAUGCGCGCAAGGGCGAUGUGGCGGCUGCGAGUGCAGGAUCGAGGCCACCGCCCCUCACGGGGUCGCUGAGAUGGCUUGCAUCUUUGGUGAGGUGGACCUGUUGCCGACCUGGCACCCUCUGGUCCCGCGCUCUGCCUUCCUCGCGCUCGACGCGGAGGCGUGUGCCUUCACUGGCGUGCUCGAGGCUGCCCUGCCUUGGCCCCUGCCACGGAUUGGUGCCGUCUUGGACCUCCAAGCUGACAUCGACCGCCUUGCAAACGACGGCGUCUUUCACGUCGAUGCGACUACCGACACAGAGAUCGAAAAGACCAGGCUGCCGCCUUGGGCGCGGAAGCUGCGUCUGGUCCCGAUCGACGGGACGCUUGCGAUUCGCUUCACGCCCGUGCGGGGUGGCACAAAGCUUGAGAUCCGCUACGCGAUCGACUUUGCUGCUCUGCCACCGUUGCCCUUUGCGCCAAAGCGCGCCAUCGACUGGCUCUUCUUCAUUGCGGGCCCGCUGGUUUGGGGCACAAUCACUCGCAUGCUCAGCAAGCAGCUGUCGGCGAAGAGCAGGAUCGGCGCGAGGUGCGCGUUGUGUGUGUGUGUGUGUGUGUGUGCGCGUUGUGUGUGUGUGUGUGUGUGUGUGUGUGUGUGUGUGUGUGUGUGUGUGUGUGUGUGUGUGUGUGUGUGUGUGUGUGUGUGUGUGUGUGUGUGUGUGUGUGUGGUGUGGAGUGCGCGCACACACUCCUUCCCACGCUACUGAGCCGGCCCCGUAUCGCAUCUGCAGGCUUGCCAACGACUCGCUCGGGAUGUGGAGCCGGAUACGAGCUGGCGUGGGACAGGAGGCGCCGCACUGGAUCGCGGCCGCGCGUGAGGACCCGAAAUGCGAGGAUACGGAGAGGGUGGUGUACGAGGGCGUAGCGUAGGAGCCGGGCUGAAAAGGAGAAAAAAGCAGGUGGCGCCUUACCCUUAGUAGGGGGGGAUAUGGUCCACU